AUGGAUUCCAAUCUCCUCAACCACGACGUUGUAACAGAAAUCCUCUUGCACUUGCCAUUCACAUCCCUCUUGAGAUUCCGAAGCUUCUGCAAAUCAUGGCGCGAUCACAUCGAUUCUAAACCUUUCAGAAAAUCGCACAUUCACCACCAUGCCCACGACGACGACGACGACAAUACGCUACUCGUGCAGUUCAGUUUCCGAGAAGACGGAGUUUCGGAAGUGUCAAUGUUCAACGGCAAGCUGCACAACAACUCCCUGCCAGCUUCCCAGGAAAUCUCGGACUACUACCACACCACGGACAUUGCUGUCUGUCACGCUCAAAUCGCCGGCCCUUCCAACGGCCUUAUCUGCGCCUACUACACCGAUCCCGACGCACCCGUGGCCGUAUGCAACCCUAGUUUAGGCCUCAUCGCUAUCUUGCCAUUGCCACCAAACCCUAGCUCAAAGUCCCUUGAGCCAAAUCACCAUCGCGCGUUGUCUCGUGACUUUGCCAUUUGGUUCGACGAGGUCGCACAAGAUUACAUAGUUGUGCAGCUGUUGUCGUGCCAUAUAAACGGCCUCAACGAAAUCGGCUUACACUUGCACGCUUCGGUAUACUCAAGAGCCACGAAUUCUUGGAGGGGGCUGAGCAUUGUUGAUCUUGGCUUGGGUGAUUUCAUCCCUAUAAGUUCACGGAGCAAGAACAGCGCCUUCGCGCACUGGCUGGCGAUAGACGAUGAGGGGAUUGAGUUGAUCUUGUCGUUCGACUUUAGGAACGAGGGCUUCCGUGUCGUGGAGAUACCGGAUUUGGGGAUUUCGGAGAUGUAUAGGGAUAGGAAGAUAUUUGCGGAGGGUGAUGACUCUUUUCUUGUGUUUUUUUCCGGGGACGGGGAAGGAGGGACUGAUUGGUUGGACAUAUUUUGGUUGAGGAUUGAAGGGAGCAUGGUGGAAUGGAAUCACAUGAAGAGGGUUGGACCGUUUGAUGGGCUUGUCAUAGCCAAGGCUUUGUGUGAGAGGGGUUGUGUUGUUUUGCAGUCUUCAAUUGUGGCUAUAGCGGUGGGCAUACAUUUGAACAUUGUUGAGAGGGUUAUUUUCAUGAAGCAAAAGGUGCAUAUGGCACAUCUUGUGGUGUUCCAACUUCCAUGGUCUUUAGAUGUUCCUUAUCGUGAUGAUAAGGACCUAUAG